AUGGGAUAAAUCAAUUAAACAUGUUCAUAAACUUCCUUGAUAAGAAAUUAUUAGGCCAAAUUUCCAUUGCCCAUCUGCUGAAGUCCGUGAAAACCCAAUCUUGUUAUUGACACUGGACUCAGGAUACGAACAUUGAGCGCAUGGAUUAGAGCUUGUGCUUUGCUUCGAUUUACUCAGCUGUUGAUAGUGGCGAUUGAAACCUAUUUUUAAAGAAAUGCAAGCAUUAGCCUUCACUUUCCCUUUAUACCCUGCAAAAGGGAAGAGUGGUUUUGGCAAUGUGAACCCUUUUUGGUUAAACCUUAACCUCAAGGGCACAAAUAUCCUCCCAGCUCGCAGGAGAUUUUCAUGUUCAAUGGCUGUGGCCAAUGACACCGUUCGGGUGUCUGAGUUUGGUUUAGAGAACAAAAAACAGGAGCUGUUGAGAGCAACCCAAGACACACAACGAGGUCUCGUUGCAACGGCUGAUCAACGCUCUGUCAUUGAGGAAGCUCUGGUUAGCGUGGAGGGGUACAACAAUGGUGCGCCAAUUGACCUGGUGAUGUUGGAUGGGACUUGGCGCUUGCAGUAUACAUCUGCCCCUGAUGUCCUUGUUCUUUUGGAAUCUGCUGCAAGACUUCCUUUCUUUCAGGUUGGACAGAUCUUCCAGAAAUUUGAAUGCCUGGAUAGGACUGAUGGAGGCAUUGUCCGUAAUGUUGUUAAGUGGAGUAUUCCAACAUUAUUAGAGGAACAAGAAGGUGCCACACUCGUUGUUUCUGCAAAAUUUGAUCUUGUUUCUGUCCGUAACAUCUACCUUCAGUUUGAGGAGGUAACUGUUCAAAGCAUAAAAAUCAGUGAAGAGCUGCAAGCUCUCAUAGCACCAGCGAUACUUCCACGAUCAUAUCUAAGUCUACAGAUCUUGCAGUUUAUACGUGCUUUCAAAGCCCAAGUUCCUGUAACAAAUCCAAACCCAGGAAGGAGAUCAGUGGGUGGACUAUACUAUCUUUCUUAUCUAGACCGUCAUAUGCUUCUUGGCCGAGCUGUUGGGGGUGGAGGAGUAUUUGUGUUUACGAAGGCCCAGCCUCUUGAAUUGUGAGGAACAACAUUGAUUUAUUGUUUCCUGUGAUCAAACACAUGAUUUAUAUGAUCAUGAACUCGUGAUGUUAGAUUAUGUAAUUGUAUAAUGUGUAAAGUUUUAUGUGUGAAUGUUAUGUAUAAAGUGUUACUUGUGUCUUAAAUGAUGUAUUAUGCA